CUGAAGGGCAGAAAGACCCCUUCAAGUCAAUACCCAGGGCACAUCAUAUUUUGCACGGAUCGCCUUUUGUCGACGUCAUUCGUGUGCGACAGGCCUCAGCGUACAGCGUUCUGCCGAGUUCUGGACAGAAGCUGGAAAUGGGUGAGUCGCUGCUGAGGGCCAUGGUAUCAAAGUAUUUCAACACUUAUUUACGGACUUGAAUAUCAACGUUUGAGACCACCAGCGCGUUUCACCCGCAGAGACACAUUGUUUGCAAGAAUACGUCUUUGACCGACUGUCGUUUGUUAGUAUUUGAAGCUAGCGGGCUAACGUUAGCUAGCGGAGCCAGGCCCCGCAAAGAGUCGCACCUCACAGAGUUGAUUGUGUUUGUCAGCGACGAGAGUUAAUCAGAUAAUGAGACGGAUGUGAUCGGUGUCACUCGACUCAUUGCUCUAACAUAUCACAGCAGUAUACUUUCGCAUGAUUCAUCCAGUUUGUUGGUAUUUUUGGACAGAUCUUAGUAGCGCAUUCAAACUUAGCAUAGCCUGUAAACGUUAGCUAACUGAAUUAAAGCUAGCUAACUACAUUCAAAAUCAUGACUGCCAGGAGGACAGGCUACGCUGGUAGCAUGGAUUCCUCUUCUAAUAGUGGCAACAGCUCAGUCCACAGUGGGAAUCGUAAACAAAGUAUAAUCAACGUCGCCGACAGGACCGGGGUAGAGUCUUGUUAUGAUCGGAAAGCGGAUAAGGCUGGAUACGGAGCCCCGCAGGGCGGCGUGACCGUAACCUCUCUGAAGUCACGUCUCGCACCGACCAUUCAAACGGCCAUGUCCGCUGCUGUGGAUACUCUUCUGGGUGAAGUGGUGCUCGUGCUCAAUGAGACUCAACAGGAGUUGCUACACAAGGAACAGGAGAACGAGAGACUCAAAGUGCGCCUUGAAGUGUCGGAGAGGGAGUUGAAGACUUUGCAGGAGUGUCUUUGCAGUGCUCAGAAGCUCAUAGACCAGCUCCAGAUCUCAUACACGGGCCCUCAGUCAAUCAGUCAGUCCGUCUUCGCCUCAUCGCUGUCUUCCAUGGCUUCCAUGACUUCAGACCUGGACCGGGACCACCAGAACGGCCGAAAUGUGAACGGAGCCGGUGUGGACUUGGGCCUCAGUGGCUCGGUGGAUGAUUCACUUCAUGGGUUUGAGCCCAGAGACGACUACAAAAUGUGCCAGCUUUCGAUCCAACCCGAUGGCUCUGUGACUAACCACGCUCUGGACUCCUUUGCUUCCAACGCAUCUCAUAUGUGCUCCGAUUCCAGCAGACAAGAUGAGAGGCAGUCUCAGGGACCAGGUGGAGCGUCCGGGUUUGAGAUUAAAGAGGAGCAGGGAGCCGGCUCCUGUCAGCCCAGCAGGAAGGAGCCUGGUUUGCGUAGUGACAACAGAGCCGGGGACGGUGACCUUGGGGACGGUGACCUUGGCUACGUUCAAGUUGGAGGGGAGGGAGUCUCCCAGCGUUCCUUUACUCACCCUCUUCGUCACCAAAGACCGGUGCGAGAAUGCAACAGUGCCUUGCAGCAGGGUGGACUCGAUGGACAGAAACAAUUGGCCAGGACUGCCGGAGCCGGGAGGGUAGACAGUGUUUCGCCAGGCAGAGCGGAGGACUCUGCGGGACCUUCGGCCUCCGACACGAUAGGGGAGCCCUCUCCAGAUCGUCCUCACCACUGCUUGGAGUGUGGAAAGACCUUCCGUCUGAUCUCCAGCCUGAAGAAGCACAUCCGCAUCCACACCGGAGAGAAGCCCUACCCGUGUGGAGUCUGCGGCCGUCGCUUCCGCGAGUCAGGGGCGCUUAAAACCCACCUGCGCAUACACACCGGUGAGAAGCCGUACUCUUGCUCCGAGUGUGGAAACUGCUUCCGCCACUUGGACGGUUUGCGCAAACACCGGCGCACGCACACCGGAGAGAAACCCUACGUGUGCGCCAUCUGCGGGAAGCGCCUGAGCCGCCUGCAGCAUCUCAAACACCACCAGCUCAUCCACACCGGAGAGAGGCCGUGCUGCUGCCCCUUCUGCAACCGCAGCUUCAAGGAGCCCGCAGCGCUGCGGAAGCACAUCCGCACGCACCGGGAGGAAGGCGGUCACAUGGGGAUCGCUCCCACCGAGGAGGCGGACCCAGAUGCCAUGGACGACAUUAACAACCUCCACCCGGCAGCUCCGUCCCCUCAGAUGAGGUUUGGGGAGUGGGGACCCGAGGAGGACGACAGCUCCGUGGUGGACUGUGUGUAGGGCUUGAUUUAAGGAGAAGCUGUUUGUUGGUGUUCUUACCGUGAGACCUUCUCCGGAUGAAAAACAUGGAAUAAGACGUUUGUAGUUUCUAGACAUGAUGGAUGGAUUCGGUCAUCUCUGUUCCAUGCUGUUGAAGUGAAUACUCAGGCUACAUAUAACCCUGGCCUUUGAGAUCUGUUUAUAUCUGGCAUUUUUAAUGAUUUACACUCUUAGAUGACACAAAAAAAAAAAGAUUGAAAUAUCCACUGCACAUUCUUCAGAAGUGAGUCUUCUUUUUCAGACAUUCAAAAAGCAGCAGCAGGAGCAUACAGGUUGUUCUUGGCACAGGGAGUUGCUGUUUUUGCCAACGCCCCGGCAAUAAUUUGGGAAAUUGAUGGCAGAAGUGGACAAGAGCCGUUUUCCUCACUUCUAAAAUAUAAGUGCCUUGAACGCACACACUCGACCAUCAACCGAGUCACUGCUGCUGCUGCUGUUCAAGAUAGUUCCCACCUGGACAUUACGACUCUGAUCGUGUUGAUCAGUUUUUUUUAUAGUUUCACAUAUUAGAGAAUUUGGAUCUGCUGUUGAAUUGUCUUCAGUUUCUAAUUAGGCAUGCUUUUGCCAACACACUGAGCUGAGAUGGAUAUAGGGCUGCUUUUUUAUCGAAAUUACAAUACUUGUUAAAUGCAAAAUGUUUGCCAAAAUACCAUUUUUUAAAAAAUUUAUUUAGUAUUGUCAUGCUGCAGAGAUGUCCUGGCCUUCAUGUCUAGCUUUUGAUCUUGAUAAAUCGAUAAUAUUUGAGUUUUUGAAUAUGUUUUUACACAAUAUUUAUUAACUCAAAUAAAUGGUCAGUUAGUCAGGUUAGUAUCGAUAUUGCAACAAAAUUAUGGGGUUAAACCACAAUAUACCAAAAAUGUACACAAUGAGAUAUUUGAUAAAUAAUCAUGAGUAGCGUAGAUAUAAUUUCUAAGUGGGUUAAAGCAAAUAAUGGAGCGUCUAGAACAAUGAAACGGCUAUGUUCAGAAAAUGACAUCACUUUACUGUAAUGCUUAUGAGGAUAUCCUGAAGCUAAGACGAUAUCUAGUCUCGUAUCACGAUAUUGAUCGCUCUACUCUGUCCUCAGACAAAUUGAAGUGAUCUGCAUCAAGCGUAUCUAAUUUGGAAGGUAUCUGUACAUUAAUCUAUCUGUUAGAGGGCACAGUCGGUUGGCAUCAGGAUGCUCCCGGAUCAACAGCGUGAACUGUUUCUCCAGUCUUGACUUUCAUCUCUCUUUUACGGACCAUAUCUUAGCAUUCCGCUUUUUUGUGCAAGCUGCUACCGUUUGUCUGGAAUGCGUUUCCCUUUUCUGGACCUGUAUUAAUGUAACCAGCAAGUCCUAGUGGGACUGAUUUUGGGUGCUCGCAUGUGCAUUUCUGUCCCUCCGCCGGCAUCGAUUGCCUCCCGGGCGGUUUCUGUAUAUAAGAAUGUAGUUUUAGCCAUUUUAUCUGGAUUAAUGAGGGUUUAACAUUUGUGGAAAAGUUAACGUGUAACAACAACUAAAAAGAAAAAGUAACGUGCUAUGAAAACGUCAGUAUUCUAACAUGCAAUGUAAUUACAUAUACUCUUAUUGAAAUUCUUCCUGAUGUGACUCGACUGAUGCAUCAUGGGUCAACAGCAGAGCAUUAAUCUUCUCAGCCUUUUGCGCUAUACUGUAGGUCUCUGGUGUCAUUUACCACGUGUACGACUAUAACGAUCCCCGUGUAGCUACUCUGUACAUUUACAAGUGUGAGUCAUUUUAAACGGCACAAAAAAUGUUAAAUAUCUGUUACUGUAUACCCAGCAUACGAUUUGCCAUGGUAGUCCCGUAUAAUCAUAUUUAUUGUUUUUUGUAUUACAUACAGAGGGAGCCUUUGCAUGUAGGUUUAAACAGAAAUGGCAUUCUUCCUAAAAAAAAAAAAAAGUCAGUGUUAAAAUGUGAAAUAAAUUUUUUAAUGCAUCUGUGUCCGACAUAUAUUCCUCCACAUCACAUUCACUCUGUUACCUGCUGUAAAUGUUACUCUAUUAAAGGGCCUUGUUUAUACUUCUUCUUUUUCUGUGGCUGUUUGUUCCGUAGAUGAAAUUACAAAGCGCUUCCUUAUAACGGCAGUAAACUCACUAAAUAGAUCGACAAUGCGGCAAUUUGCCCACAGCUAAGACCACGAAUACGUGCUAAUUUGAGAUCAUCCCUGUCUGUUCAUCCCAGCGUUAUUACUUCAGUUUCAGUCCGUUUGUUUCGUUGUAUCUUGACAGGAACAUCACAUGAACCCCGGAGGAGAGUUUACGCUCUGACUGAAACGUUGCCAAACAGAUUGUGUCGGUGCUGUUGACGCGCCCAAACACAGGUCUCAAAUAACACUUUGCUCUCCUCCCGAUGCUGAGCAACGACCGCUGUGUUCAUACACACAAACUGCUAUUUGAGGUGGCCUUCGGUAUUUUUUCUAGUGUUUUUGUUGAUGUUUCGGUGGAGCAGGAAUAUCCAAAGCAGCUUAAUUACAAAUUGAUAAUCUGAUUGGAAUAAAUCAAACCAGCGUUUGUUAAACUAGCAGACCUCGGGGCCCAGUGGGUGUUAAGACCUACAUUUGGUUGACCUAAAAAAUACGUCAAGCCCUCGCAUGGAUUUGACUCUUUUUCCCUGAAACGGAUUGAAGUUAACCCGGAGACUCACUUGGAAGGAUGCAAGUUUAUUCCAACAAAUGACUUCAAGUUGAAGCAAGUGCUGCAGAAGGCACACACAGACGAUAUUUCCCUGAAGUUCACACAGCCGAGCUUGUGAUUCAUGAAAAAACAACAACUUGGUGAAGCGCCUCUGUGGUUGGUGAGAGAAAGGUGCAUCCAACCAAGUCACAACAGCUAUUUUAAUGACAUCAGCUAGAGAGGGAAAAGGAAAGGAUCAGUAGGAUGUGCUUCUACUUUUAUCUACACUGCCGUUAUUUUACAGUUAGUAGUUACUUUGCAGAUUGAGAUAUUAGAAAUACUGGUGCUAACCUGUUAAUGCAUCUGUAAUAACAGUCCAGUUAUAUAAUAUAUAGCACCAUAACACUGACAUGGGCCAGUCUGCAGCAUAGUGAGUGCUUUUAUUAUUACUGUUGAUCGUACUUGCGCACACUUACAUUGUGGUGUUGAUACUUUUUCUCAUGUAGAAGCUGGUUUUAUCUUUAGGUUGUGUAAUACAUCUGUGUAUUUCUCUUUCCUGUUUGUCAUGAUUAUCUGAUGCAGUGAGUUUCAGUUUUCAGAAGGGAAGUAACUAUCUUGUAUCUUAUCUUGGGGUGGUUUAUGUCUGAGCUACGAUGGACUGUAUUUGCAUUGCGCGUGUGUGUGUGUGUGUGUGUGUGUGUGUGUGUGUGUGUGUGUGUGUGUGUGUGUGUGUGUGUGUGUGUUUCUUG